UUAUUAUAUUGGGUAAUGACAGAAGAAAGCCACUGUACUAGAAAGGGCGUAGCCCAGACUUGCUGUAAGAGGGUGAUUUAUGCACCAGACCAUAGGCUGACACUGAUGACCAAGGACACCUGGGGCUGAGCUGUACACCCAGGGAAGCAGGGCCCAGGCAGCCUGCCAUGAGAUCGUGCUCCAAGGACCGGCCGUUCUGCUGGACCCACGGGCUCCUGGUAUUCAUCAGCCUGCUCCUCAGUGUCUGCAGCUCUGCAGCCAACACUUCCGGAGCGCAUGGCUCUGCUGUGAAGGAUUCUGAAAACCACAUUUAUCUGAAGCGCAUCCGAGGAGGUUCUGUCUUGUUUAAUGUGACCGAGAAGCCCAUGGCAGAUGCAGGAGCCAAAAUACAGGAGGUUUUAUGGGGUUUGGGCACUCCGUCAAAGUACAUGCGGCUGCUGCAAGUCCGUAGAGGAGCCGACUCUCCCACCUGGUUUAACCUCCAGGACAAGUUCAAGCAGAGGGUCCAUGUGCCCAGCCUGUGGUCUCUGAGGAUUGAGAACCUGGCCCCUGAAGACAGUGGGCCAUACGUGGCCAUGACCAGCUUAACUGAUGGACAAACGCUUGGUCACGUUUUCUACCUGACUGUCUAUGAGCCUGUGCCUCACCCUGAGAUCCUGGCCAAGUCACUGUCUAUCACACCAGGCCUGUGUAACAUCACUCUGGAGUGUAGGGUUCCAGGGGCCACCCAGGAUCUGAAUGUGACUUGGGAGAGCAAGGGCCUCUUCAGAGAGCUGGAACAGAGAGACACACCAGGAUCAACCGCCAAGCUUUGGACCCUGGCUGUGAGCCUGCCCCUGAGCCAGCAGAUUGGCGAUGUCACCUGUGUGGUCAGCAACCAGGUGGAUCAGAAAGCUGCGACCUUAGACCUUGGAAAAGUCUGUGCCCAAGGAACAAGUACACAAAAACAGGACAUGAUUAGACUGCUGCCAGGCAUCCUAGCAGCUGCUGUGGGUGUCCCGUUGGUCCUGGGAACUGGGUUGUUCCUUUUGAAGACAUGUCAGAAGAAGAAGAAGACAACAAUGGAAAUAAAAAGGGGUGGAGGAUUGCAGAAGAACCAUGGGGUUGAUGAUGGUGGCAUCUCCUUUGAGACGCUCAGCCAGCAAGUGUCUCGGAAGGGCAAGGGCAAGAGCAUCGGUGAACAAUAUCUGGGAAAAAAGGAAUCUGUCACUACUAUCUAUAGUGAGGUCUGUUAUCCAGACCAGACGAUGGAGAUCAUUUGAUUGAAGGAAGCAGGAGGAUCUGGCACUCCCAGGACACCUGCACUCUGAGCCUAAGUCCUGCAGACCCCUGCCUUUCCCAGCUCUGGUUCCGUUCCAGCUUCCCAUGUGUGUGUUACUCUGACCUCAUAGCUACAUUUCCAGAGGGUACACAUGGCCUGGUUGUACUCUGUGACACUUCCCCAAGCUGCCCUUACACUCGGGCAAGGACUAUUCUCCGUCAUUGAGAUGGCUGCUGACCCCUGUCCUUCAUAAGCCUUCCCAAGAGGAGCCUGUCUGAUUGAGCACGUAGCAAAUUCCCACCACCUCUGCCUUGUCACUGGUGUGAGUACUUCUGAGGACACAAGCCCAGACAUGGGGACUGUGCAGAAGUGCUGACUGUGCUGCAGAGGAGGGUGGUGGCACCUGGCUUUUGGAUGCUGAGUUGGAGGACAGUGUGUGUGGAGAGAAACCAAUAAAGGAAAAGGCCAAGGCAAA